GGCAGAAUGGAUCCUGGAGCCAACCGGCCGUCGCUCCAGGUCCUCGGAGAGCACGAGGCGCUGCAGCAGUUCUUCAGCGGUCAGGAUGUUAGUGGUGUGUUGGAUAGUUCUGUUGCCGUGGAUACGAGCAUCCUGGAGCAGUACCUCUGUAACGACAUGGACCCCAGCAGCUUCAUGCUCCCAGAGUCGCCUCCUGAUUCCAGCUCAGAGGCCUGUUCACCUCCACAGAUACCAGAUUUUGGACAUGAGCGUGGCUGCUGGUCCGCACGACUGGAGGGCUUUCAACCAACAACCCGGUCUGCAUCCUGUCACUUUAGGAAUCAAGGCUCCGCCCCUGCAACGUCAGAUGUGCUGACGCGACCUUUGUCUUGUCGAUUCAAAGACGGAGGCUCUGCCCCCUCCCAGUCAGGCCCACUGCCCCAUGAACAGCUUCACAAUGUGGGCGUCACAAACACUUUCAUCAAGUCUGGUAGUCCACCUGCCCCACAAGUCCUCCCUGGUCCCCUUAAUCAGGAUACACGUCACUUAACUGAACACUACUUAAAUCCAGAGAGCUGUUUUCAAGGUUACACUCCACCUACACCCCCCUCUCCAGCCUUACCCCCCUCCAGUACCUACGUUUCUUCCAUCUCUGGCCCGGUCACAAAUGUCCUCUCACCAACUUCAAAUUGUCUGCAGGGCUCCUCCUCCACACUACACACCAGCUCCCAGGACAGUAAGAAAAGACGGUGGUCUGAGUCUGAGGAACCGUCUGCAGUCGAGACAUCGUGUUGCGACGGUGAGGGGACUCGCAGUGCAGGGAACACUGGGAACGGACUGGGUCUGGGCUCGUCCCAGCUGCUGACAUGGGAACCCUACCGAGCAGAACGCUGGAGCACGUUGUGCAACAGUAGCUACGAAACACUGUCGCCUCCUGCCUACCACAUCGAUACUGAUAAGGGCUUCAACUACUCCCCCACUGACGAAGCUUUCAUUUGCCAGAAGAAGAACCACUUUCAGGUCACCGUUCACAUUGGUGUGACUGCGGAGCCACGCUUUGUCAGAACGCCACAUGGGCCACAGGAAGUCGAUCACUUCCAGUUAAAUGUGUUUGGAGUUAAGCUCGAGUCUCCCAGCCAGCAGGUGACCAUCGAGCAGUCUCAGCCCGACCGCACCAAGAAGCCCUUCCACCCCGUCAGGGUCAGUUUGUCAGCUGGCAAAAUAACCAAAGUAACACUCGGCCGACUGCACUUCAGUGAGACAACAGCCAACAACAUGAGGAAGAAAGGCAAACCCAACCCUGACCAGAGGUAUUUUCAGAUGGCGGUGGGUCUCUAUGCUGCUGUCAGAGAGGAGACCUUCCUUCUUGCUGCUCUGGUGUCUGAGAGGAUCAUCGUCAGGGCCUCCAACCCUGGUCAGUUCGAGUCGGAUAAUGACGCCAUGUGGCAGCGAGGGGCGACGCAGGAAGCUGUGGUCUGUCAGGGUCGGGUUGGCGUCAACACCGACUCUCCUGAUGAGGCUCUGGUGGUUUGUGGUAACGCUAAGGUGAUGGGUGCCAUCAUUCAACCAUCUGACUGCCGCGCCAAGCAGAACAUUCAGGAGGCGGACUCUGAGCAGCAGCUCAAGAGGAUCACUCAGAUGAGGAUCGUCGAGUUCGAUUACAAACCGGAGUUUGCCUCCGCUGCUGGAAUAGACCGAACCCAUCAGACAGGAGUAAUCGCUCAGGAGGUGAAGGAGCUGCUGCCGUCUGCUGUCAAGGAGGUUGGCGAUGUCGUCUGUUCAGACGGAGAACGGAUCCAGAACCUCCUCAUGGUGGACAAGGAGCAGAUCUUUAUGGAGAACAUCGGGGCCGUCCAACAGUUGUCAAAGCUCACCGACAACCUCGAAACUCGGAUCCAAGAGCUGGAGGUCUGGAACCGGCGACUCGCCAAGCUGAAGAGCCUGACGGGCAGCCUUCGCUCCACUGGGAAGACUCAGAGACACCCCAGUGUGUCCACAACGUCCGGUCCAGAGUCCUGCAAGCCCGGGAGAGUUCACCAGACGGCUCAGAAAUACAGACGGUGUCUGCAGAAUAAACUGCUGCAGGCCGGCGUCUUCACCCUGCUGCUCACCGUGGCCUUGUGUUUGAUCUCCAUCUCAGCUCUUUACCUGGUGAUUCUGAAGGAGGCAGACGCUGACACCUCUCUAGAAAACAGGUGAACAUCCGAGUUUCCUGCACCGACGACGGCGCCAACCAGCACAGUCUUUUCGGUCAGGCCUCCUGGUUCUUGGCCUCCUGACGUGGACUUCUGUGACCUGCUCUACUGCGACCAGGUGUACUGCUGCCCCUCACCUGCAGAGGGCAGCACCAUCUACAACGUCACCUCCACCAAAUCAGCAAACAAACCUGACGCCACAGGUACAAGAACAAAGAAACUUCAGCACCACCUGAAAAGUGCCAGAGACUGGACAAACACCACCAUCCAUACUUUCAUGAUUAAAGAGAAUCAGCAGGUCAUCGACAGCAAGUACUGCCUGAGAGACGAAUGUGGACCUGAACGGUACGUCUUUAGGGUUCCUGUCAGCCGGUUUGUUCCGGUCAACAUGAGAGUCACCCUGCUCAUGAACUCUACGGAGCUGGUGGUGGUCCAUCUGUGUGGUUUAGAUGAGUCCACCACCUGCUCGUCUCUGCUGGAUAAAAAUGUGCUCACUGGAAGCAGGUACCCAUCAAAUACACAGGGGGAACAUGAGUGGCCUCUUCACGUGGCUCGUCUUUAUCGCAGCUUCUAUCACUUUCGCUCUGCGGUGGCUGGUCAGGCAGACUGCAGUACGGACCAUCACUACGCGGGGGCGCUCUUCACAGAUUACCACUUCAACUUCUACAGACGCUGUUCUGACCCGUAG